UGCUUAUGCAGCCCAUUAGUAAUUGCAGUGUCGCAAGCCACAGGGUGAACUUCGCAUUGCAUUGCACCGGAAGACGAAGACGUUGAGAUAAAUACGAAACUGUCGCCAAGGGACAUAUACACCGAAUCCAGAGAACUGUGUUGAUUUGCUUGUCGACUCGAGUUUCAACAACUGUGCCGGCCAGAGAAAACAUGUCCAGCACGCAGGACAAGCCGGUCCUCAUUGCUGGCGCUGGCAUUGCCUCUCUGCUGCUCGCCCAGUCCCUGCGGCAGUCCGGAAUACCAUUCAGGAUCUUCGAACGCGAUGCCUCCUUCGUCUUUCGCGCCCAGGGGUACAGACUGCGCCUCUCGUCAGAAGGCCUCGACGCCAUCGAGUCCGUGCUCGACGCGGAAACGUUCCAGCGGUUCUGGGACAAGUGCGGCAAGACCAGCGGCAGCGGGCUCAAGGAGUUGAAUGCCGUGACCGGGGAGGAGAUUGAGAGGCGCGUGACUGGCCCGCAGUUUGCCCUGGCUUCCAGAGACGGCAAGGUUGUUGGGGCUGCUCGUGGCGUAAUUCGCGAGAUCUUUGCAUCUGGGUGCGAGGACAACAUCGAAUGGGGCAAAGACGUUACGGGCUAUGAGCUGACCGAUGACGGCGUGAGGCUCACAUUUGCCGACGGCACCAAGUCCGUCGAGGGCUCGCUGCUCGUCGGCGGGGAGGGCGUUCAUUCCCGGGUUGCCCGUCAGCUGUCGGGCGGGAAGCUCAAAGUAUACGACACCGGGGCCCGAGGCAUCCACGGCCAGGCGCCGACGACGGCUUUCAAGCACCUAGGCGAGGGCGUCUUCUCCUUCAGAGACGAGACGCGCGACAGCGGCACCGUCUCUCUGAUUACCAACGUCCGCCCUGAGGACAUGGACAACCCCGACAUCGAAUUCGGCUGGACGAUGGCGGGCCAGCCAGGCGUCAUUCGGCCCCCAAACGACGACUACACCAUCGUCGGCAAGCAGGCAGCGGCCAUCGCCAAGUCACUCACCGAACACUGGCACCCACGGGUCAAGCCGCUCCUGGACAACAUGAACGAGGCGGAGGCUGCGUUCUGGAAGAUCACCUGCUCGACGCCCUCGGGUGUGCCCGAGUGGCCGAACGAGCCUCGCGUGACCGUCAUCGGCGACGCCGUGCACUCCAUGACGCCGGCUGGAGGCCUUGGGGCGAACACUGCUUUUCGGGAUUCCGCCCUGCUCGGGAGGCUGCUGCGCGAGGCCGGGGGCUACAAGCCUGGCGUGACGGCCGCAUAUGAGAAGGAAAUGAGGGUUUACGGCAGCGAAGCUGUCAACCUGAGCUAUUCCAUUGCCUCGCGCCAGUGGAAGAUCAAGAUCGAUGAGAACACUCCCACGAUUUGAGAUGUAUCUUAAUGAGGAAUCGCCUUGUCGAUCUUCUUAAUCUCUCUGAGUUGCCCCUGAAUCAGGGGGCUUACGGUACCUACAUACCCAAGCAUCUUACGAUGUUGCGGUGACGAUUCGGUCCGUCGCCAGCACGAACAUGUCUCGUUGCGUAAACAAACCCAUCAAGUUCUCUUGCUUCCACGGCUUCUCGGGUCGCGCAAGGCACCAGUCAAAAUUGCGCAUCAGCUAGACGUUGGGUAGUGUCAGUCCUGGACUCGGACCAAGCACACUUCAAAAAGGCCAUUCAACUCACCUCAAACACGACCUUAGCAAUCUCCAUCAGCG